AGGAAGAUGGCCAGAGCUGUGUGUCCACUUCAUGCCCUCUGGCUUCUGGAGUGGGUGCAGCUGCUCUUGGGACCUGGUCCCAUCCCUCCAGCCUGGGCCUUGAACCUGGACCCAGUGCAACUCACCUUGUACACGGGCCCCAAUGGCAGCCACUUUGGGUUUUCACUGGACUUCUACAAGGACAACCAUGGGAGAGUGGCCAUCGUGGCGGGCGCCCCGCGGACCCUGGGCCCCAGCCAGGAGGAGACAGGCGGCGUGUUCCUGUGCCCCUGGAGGGCCGAGGGCAGCCAGUGCACCUUGCUAACCUUCGACCUCAAUGAUGAGACCCGACACGUAGGCUCCCACACCUUCCAAACCUUCAAGUCCCGGCAAGGACUGGGGGCGUCGGUCGUCAGCUGGAACGACAACAUUGUGGCCUGCGCCCCCUGGCAGCACUGGAACGCCCUAGAAAAGACCGAAGAAGCUGAGAAGACGCCCGUAGGUGGCUGCUUCGUGGCUCAGCUACAGAACGGCCACCGCGCAGAGUACUCGCCCUGUCGGGCUAACACCAUGAGCCAGGUUUACGUGAAAAACGGCUUUAUAGACGACCGGCGCUACUGCGAAGCGGGCUUCAGCUCCGUGGUUACUCAGGCUGGAGAGCUGGUGCUUGGGGCCCCUGGCGGCUAUUUUUUCUUAGGUCUCCUGGCGCGGGCUCCCAUUACCAGUAUCGUCUCGAGUUACCGCCCAGGCACCCUCUUGUGGCACGUGCCCAACCAGAGCUUCACCUUAGACAACAGCAAGCCAGAGUACUACGACGGCUACCGGGGGUACUCGGUGGCCGUGGGAGAGUUCGACGGGGAUCUCAGUACUACAGAAUAUGUCCUCGGUGCCCCCACCUGGAGCUGGACCCUGGGAGCGGUGGAAAUUUUGAACUCGUCCCACCAGACGCUGCACAAGCUGCAUGGAGAGCAGAUGGCUUCGUAUUUUGGACACUCAGUGACCGUCACUGAUGUCAACGGAGACGGGAGGCACGACCUGCUGGUGGGCGCGCCACUGUACAUGGAGAGCCGCGCUGACCGCAAGCUGGCCGAGGUGGGGCGCGUGUACUUGUUCCUGCAGCCUCGAGGUCACCACGUGCUGGGCGCCCCCAGCCUCCUGCUGACCGGCACACAGCUCUACGGGCGAUUCGGCUCGGCCAUCGCACCUCUGGGCGACCUCGACCGGGAUGGCUACAACGAUAUUGCAGUGGCCGCCCCAUACGGAGGUCCCAGUGGUCGGGGCCAAGUGCUGGUGUUCCUGGGGCAGAGCGAGGGGCUGAGCUCACGCCCCUCCCAGAUCCUGGACAGCCCCUUCCCGGCAGGCUCUGGCUUCGGCUUCUCCCUGCGAGGUGCCACAGACAUCGAUGACAAUGGAUACCCAGACCUCCUGGUGGGAGCUUAUGGGGCCAACAAGGUGGCUGUGUACAGAGCUCAGCCAGUGGUGAUGGCCAAUGUCCAGCUGCUGGUACAAGAUUCACUGAAUCCUGCUGUGAAGAAUUGUGUCCUGCCCCAGACCCAGACGCGCGUGACCUGCUUUAACAUACAGAUGUGUGUAGGAGCCACUGGGCACAACAUUCCUCAGCAGCUGCCCCUAAACGCCGAGCUGCAGCUGGACCGGCAGAAGCCCCGCCAGGGCCGGCGGGUGCUACUGCUGAAUUCGCAAUUGUCAGGCACCACGCUGCAUCUGGACCUGGGCGGGAGGCACAGCCCCAUCUGCCACACCACCAUGGCUUUCCUCCGAGACGAGGCCGACUUCCGGGACAAGCUGAGCCCCAUUGUGCUCAGCUUCAAUGUGUCCUUGCAACCCAGGAAGGAUGGAGUAGCCCCUGCUGUCGUGCUUCAUGGAGACACCCAUGUCCAGGAGCAGACCCGAAUCAUCCUGGACUGUGGGGAAGAUGACCUGUGCGUGCCCCAGCUCCAGCUCACCGCCAACGUGAUGGGCUCCCCCCUCCUCAUUGGAGCCGAUAAUGUGCUGGAGCUGCAGAUGGAUGCAGCCAACGAGGGCGAGGGGGCCUACGAAGCAGAGCUGGCCGUGCACCUGCCCCUAGGCGCCCACUACAUGCGGGCCAUCAGCAACAUCGAGGGCUUUGAGAGACUCAUCUGUAACCAGAAGAAGGAGAAUGAGACCAAGAUGGUGCUGUGUGAGCUGGGCAACCCCAUGAAGAGGAAUGCCCGGAUAGGAAUCACAAUGUUGGUGAGUGUGGAGAACCUGGAAGAGGCUGGGGAGCGUGUGUCCUUCUGGCUACAGAUCAGAAGCAAGAACAGCCAGAAUCCGAACAGUGAGGCUGUGCUGCUGGAUGUCCCAGUCCGGGCAGAGGCCCAUGUGGAGCUGCGAGGGAACUCCUUUCCAGCCUCCCUGGUGGUGGUGGCUGAAGAAGACAACAGGGAGAACAGCUCCGACAUCUGGGGCCCCAAAGUGGAGCACACCUAUGAGCUCCACAACAAUGGCCCUGGCACUGUAAGUGGCCUCCGCCUCUGCCUCUGCCUCCCUGGCCAGUCCCAGCCUUCUGACCUGCUCUACAUCCUGGACAUACAGCCCCAGGGGGGGCUUCAGUGCUCCCCCCAGCCCACUCCUAACCCCUACAAGCUGAACUGGAGGCUGCCGACCCCCAGUCCCUCCGCCACCUCCCCCGGGCAUCACAAGCGGGAGCGCAGACAGGCGUCCCUGUCAGGGUCCAACCAGCCGGUCAGGCUUCAGGAUCCAGUUCUCCUGAGCUGUGACUCGGGGCCGUACACGGUGGUGCAGUGUGAGCUGCAGGAGAUGGAGCGAGGCCAGCGGGCCAUGGUCAGGGUGCUGGCCUUCCUGCAGCUGCCCGGCCUCCAGCAGAGGCCACUGGAUCAGUUCGUGCUGCAGUCGCAAGCUUGGUUCAACGUCUCCUCCCUUCCCUACGCCGUGCCCGCCCUCAGCCUGCCCAGUGGGGAAACUCUGGUGCAGACGCACCUGCUUCGAGCCUUGGAGGAAAGGGACAUUCCCAUCUGGUGGGUGCUGGUAGGCGUGCUCGGCGGCCUGGUGUUGCUCACGCUCCUGGUCCUGGCCAUGUGGAAGGUCGGCUUCUUCAAGCGCAACCGGCCGCCACUAGAAGAAGAUGAGGAGGAGUAGUGAGGGGGCAGCCCACGCCCUGUCCUAGGAGGAAGGCUGGGGGCUGUGCCUGCUCUGCCCCUUCUUCAAUGUGCCUGCCCCCCCCUGCUCUGCUCACCCACGGGUUAGAGCUGUCCCAUGGAGGCCUCCUGGUGUUCUCCCCCUCCGGUGAGAGCUGGCCACUCCUUUCCCUGCUGCCCAAUAAAGAGGCUGAGCCCCAACCCCCA